AUGGAAGUAAUGGAACGGACGGGAAUCCUCAGCAUCUUCGCUAUGCUGAAACAACUGCAACUGCGCUGGAGCGGCCAUCUGGUGCUCAUGGACGACGAAGCGUUACCCAAACGACUCUUCUAUGGUGGUGUCGCCACGGGCUCCUGUCGACAAGGAGGUCAAGUCCGGCACUGUAAGGAUAACCUGAAUGCUUCCCUGAAGUGUCUGCAAAUCGACCUGUUCAGUUGGGAAGACCCCGCUCCGAACUGA